CGGUUCCGGCAAGAUUUGAAGGAAAGCCUCAACGCUUCCACACGCCCAUCUCAUCUCUGGUACGCGUGCUUGGUGCUGGAAGCUCUGCAAGCUCUGGAAGUGCAACAACGUCCAAACGCCUUUCCAUAACAUGCAGCAAUCGCUGCAUCUGCAGAGCGCAGUCGAUGGCGCCUUCGUUUCUCGGCCCCUUUAAAAGUAUGCGGCUUUAGCUGUGGGAUUACUUGCGCUCCGUAGACAAGUCGGCGGAGCGAGAAAGGGCGAGGGGGAGAGAAAGAGAGGGACGACAAGGAGGAGGGGGAGUCGAGCCGGAGAGGUGCAAUCAUGGCGGCACCGCUCGGACGGGACACCCUACCGGACCACUGGUCCUACGGAGUUUGUAGGGAUGGCCGCGUGUUUUUUAUCAACGACAAAACUCGCGGUACCACUUGGCUUCAUCCGCGUACUGGCGAACCUGUUAAUUCCGGACACAUGAUACGUUCAGAUUUGCCGAGAGGAUGGGAAGAGGGCUUCACGGAGGAAGGAGCCAGUUACUCAUCAAGUGAGUAACUGACUGGUCGUUGCAUUGUUAUGCUGUUUGAAAUACGAUACCGUUUGUAUUUUAAGUGUUUACCGUGUGUAGUUCAGGCACGUCUGGAAAUGCCAGGUUCGUCCUCAAUUGCUGAUGCUGCAAACAUGUCGAGCAAUCUAGUUGAGUUGAGAAACAAAAAGACACUAAGGAGUGCCACUGGGUUGGUGACAAAUAAUUACUCCUUGCGGUGUGACUAAAAGUAGCAGCCUAAGCAGAGUAGGAAGAAGGAAAUUAAAAUUUCUCCUCAUGCUUCCUGCAGGACCUCGUUCCUCUCCAUUAGGUAGGUGCGGAGGUUUUGCG